AUGGAGGAAUGCAGGUCUUGUGCAGAGACUGUCAUAAAGGAGGGGAUGCUGAUGAAGCAGACCAGCUCCUUCCAGCGCUGGAAGAGACGAUAUUUUAAGCUGCGAGGACGAACACUCUACUAUGCAAAAACUGCCAAGUCCAUUAUUUUUGAUGAGGUGGAUCUGACAGAUGCCAGCGUGGCAGAAUCCAGCACAAAGAAUGUCAACAACAGCUUCACGAUUAUCACUCCAUGUCGGAAGCUUAUCCUUUGUGCUGAUAACAGAAAAGAGAUGGAAGAUUGGAUUGCAGCACUGAAGACUGUACAAAACCGUGAACAUUUUGAGUCUACCCAGUACAGCAUGGACCAUUUCUCAGGGAUGCACAACUGGUACGCCUGCUCGCACGCCCGGCCCACCUACUGCAACGUGUGCCGGGAGGCGCUGUCCGGGGUCACCUCGCACGGGCUGUCCUGUGAGGUGUGCAAGUUUAAAGCUCACAAGCGCUGUGCUGUGCGGGCAACCAACAACUGCAAGUGGACAACUCUGGCCUCCAUCGGGAAAGAUAUCAUUGAGGAUGAAGAUGGGAUCUCGAUGCCACAUCAGUGGCUGGAGGGGAACCUGCCCGUGAGUGCCAAAUGCACCGUGUGUGAUAAAACCUGUGGCAGUGUCCUGCGUUUGCAAGACUGGCGCUGCCUGUGGUGCAAAGCCAUGGUACACACAGCAUGUAAAGAGUUGCUGCCAAACAAGUGCCCUCUUGGGCUGUGCAAAGUGUCUGUCAUUCCCCCUACUGCUCUGAACAGCAUUGAUUCAGAUGGUUUCUGGAAAGCUACUUGUCCCCCUUCUUGCACAAGUCCUUUGUUGGUCUUUGUCAACUCAAAGAGUGGAGACAACCAAGGUGUAAAAUUUCUACGAAGAUUCAAACAGCUGCUGAAUCCAGCCCAGGUCUUUGACCUCAUGAAUGGAGGACCUCACCUGGGUUUACGCUUAUUCCAGAAAUUUGACACUUUCCGGAUCCUGGUUUGUGGUGGGGAUGGAAGUGUUGGCUGGGUUCUCUCUGAGAUUGAUAGCCUCAACCUUCACAAACAGUGCCAGCUGGGAGUGCUGCCCUUGGGAACGGGGAAUGACCUUGCCCGUGUGUUAGGCUGGGGGUCUGCUUGUGAUGAUGACACCCAGCUCCCACAGAUCCUGGAGAAGCUGGAGAGGGCCAGUACCAAAAUGCUGGACAGGUGGAGCAUCAUGGUGUAUGAAACCAAACUCCCUCGCCAGGCCUCUACUUCCACAGUCACUGAGGAUUUCAAUGAGGACUCAGAGGUGCAGAAGAUUCUCUGCUAUGAAGACUCAGUGGCUGCUCAUUUGUCCAAAAUUUUGACUUCUGACCAACACUCAGUGGUCAUCUCCUCAGCCAAGGUGCUUUGUGAGACAGUGAAGGAUUUUGUGGCUCGAGUAGGGAAAGCUUAUGAGAAGGCAACAGAAAGCUCAGAGGAAUCAGAGGUCAUGGCCAGGAAGUGCUGCGUCCUGAAGGAGAAGCUGGACUCAUUGCUGAAGACACUGAAUGAUGAAUCUCAAGCAUCUUCAUCUCUGCCAAACCCUCCUCCCACCAUUGCAGAGGAGGCCGAGGACGGGGAUGGGUCGGGCAGUGCCUGUGACUCCGGGAGCGAGCGCUCGGUGGGCUCGUCCUGCACAGCGCGGCCCCAGAUCUUCCGGCCCCGGGAGCAGCUCAUGCUGAGGGCCAACAGCCUGAAAAAGGCCAUUCGCCAGAUCAUAGAGCACGCAGAGAAAGCUGUAGAUGAGCAAAAUGCCCAGACCCAGGAGCAAGAGGGUUUCCUGCUUAGUCUGUCAUCCUCUGAGGAGGGCAAGGAGCUGAGGAACGAGGAUAAAAUGUCCCUGCAGUCAUCACACAGCAGCAGCUGUGGAGUGUCCAAGGGGAGGAGGAAAGCCUCCAAGUCUCCUUGCGAAAGACUAAUAAACAAAGGAAGUUUGUCGCUGGGCAGCUCUGCAUCUCUUCCUCCCCAGACAGGAAACCGGGACAACUUGCCAAUGCUGAACACAAAAAUCCUCUACCCAAAUAUCCGUGCUGGCAUGUCUGGUUCUUUGCCUGGGAGCUCUGUCAUCAGCCGGCUGCUGAUUCACGCUGAUCCCUUUAACUCUGAGCCUGAAAAUCUUGAAUGUUACACAGAGAAGUGUGUCAUGAAUAACUACUUUGGAAUUGGACUGGAUGCAAAGAUUUCUUUGGACUUCAACAACAAACGUGAUGAGCACCCAGAGAAAUGCAGAAGUCGUACAAAGAACAUGAUGUGGUACGGAGUAUUGGGGACCAAGGAGCUGCUGCACAGAACAUAUAAAAACCUGGAGCAGAAAGUCUUGCUGGAGUGUGAUGGGAGGCCAAUCCCUCUGCCCAGUCUCCAGGGGAUUGCUGUACUCAACAUCCCCAGCUACGCAGGGGGCACCAACUUCUGGGGGGGAACCAAGGAAGAUGAUACAUUUACAGCCCCUUCCUUUGAUGACAAGAUUUUGGAGGUGGUGGCCGUGUUUGGCAGCAUGCAGAUGGCAGUGUCACGUGUGAUCAACCUGCAGCACCACCGCAUUGCACAGUGUCGGACGGUGAAGAUAGCAAUCCUUGGAGAAGAGGGAGUUCCCGUGCAAGUGGAUGGAGAGGCCUGGAUCCAGCCUCCAGGUUACAUUUGGAUUGUCCAUAAGAACAGGGCACAGACCCUCACCCGAGACAGGGCAUUUGAGAGCACCCUCAAGUCCUGGGAGGACAAACAGAAGUGUGAGUUGUCCCGACCCUCGUCUUUCUCUCUGCAACCAGAGAUCAUGUCUGAAGAGGAAUCCACUCAGAUCAACCAGUUUGGUCAAGCUGCAGGUGCUCUGAUCCACAGCAUUCGGGAAAUAGCCCAGUCCUAUCAGGACAUGGAACAGGAGCUUGCCCAUGCUGUCAAUGCCAGCUCCAAGUCUAUGGACAAAGUCUACGCUAAAUCCAAGUCUACAGAGGGUCUGAACUGCAGCCUCGUGGUAGAGUUGGUGAAUAAUGUCAAAGCCCUGCACAAUGAGACAGAGCUGCUGCUGGCAGGCAAGAUGGCUCUGCAAUUAGAUCCUCCCCAGAAGGAGCAGCUCCAGGCAGCCCUGGCAGACAUGGACCUCCAGCUGAGGAAGUUGGCAGACAUCCCUUGGCUGUGGCAGCUUAUGGAGCCCUGUGAUGAGGAGAACCAGAUGCUGGAUUAUUCUAAACGCAGCCGCAGUGGCAAAUUCCGCCUGGUGACCAAGUUUAAAAAGGAGAAGAACAACAAAAAUAAGGAGACUCAUAGUAGCAUGGGACUGCCGGUUCACCUCUGGGGAACGGAGGAGGUUGCGGCCUGGCUUGAGCAUCUCAGUCUUUGUGAGUAUAAGGAUAUCUUCAUCCGCCAUGACGUCCGGGGCUCUGAGCUCCUGCACCUCGAGCGGAGGGACCUCAAGGACCUGGGUGUGACCAAAGUGGGUCACAUGAAGAGGAUCCUGCACGGGAUCAAGGAGCUGAGCCGGAGCACUUCUGCCAGCGAGGCUUAGCCUCUGUUUUCACAGCCUGUGUCUACCAUUCCCGCUGACUGCACAGCAGUCACCUCACCGAGCAGAUGUGCUCACAACUGUCUCUACUGAGCAGCCAAGUUGGAGCUGUUCAGAGCUCAUAUCAACCAAGCAUGGUGCUACUUUUUCCUGUGGGGUACGGCUGCAUCCAGUGGAGAGGCACCUGAUCUGCAGUCGGCAGAGCCUCCCGGAGGGAACGCACUCGCUGUUGGAAGAGCCACGUCCUCUGACGUGGGAAGUUCUGGUUCCAGUGACAGUGCAAGACUCCUGAGAAUUGCAACACAGCUACCUUUACUGGAUAACUUCAUCACAGUAGAAUAAUUCAGGGCAAAAGAUAUAUUGGCCAGUCUUAGUUCAGGAACAUCUGACAGUCUCUUCAGACCCAAAACUUUCCCACUCAUCUCUGUGCCACACCUGUAUUUAGCAUAUAUAAGUGGGACAAAGCUUGUCCUUUUGUCUUACUUCUCCCUUUUUAAUACACCUGUAGUUGCAUGCAGUUUGCAUCCAAAAUUCAAAGUCAGUACAGACCUCCUCCGAUGAAUAUCAGUGAUUCUCACUCACUUAUGCCUUUGCAACAAACAAUGCAUGUGGUUCACCAGCUGGCCAGGCCUCCCACUGGGCCUGGCUCUCCUGUCCCAGCCAGGGGCAAUGGUACAUCAUCAGGUGUUCAGGCAUCACAAACAAUUGUUCAGAAAUUCUGGUAGUAAGAAAAGACGAAAUUCUGGAGAGCCAGAAGGUUGCAGGAGAUCAGCUCUGACAUUCCCUCUUCUGAAUUCAUCUUCAGGAGGCCAGAUAAAAGGGAGAGGAAAGCUAAUGAGAUGUUUGGGCGGCACAGAAGUGUAACAUAAUGAAAUGAGAUAUAGGACAAUUUACUCCAUCUCGGUGGAGGGAGCAGAAUGAUGGGCAACAGCCUGCCCAUUUAGUGCCACUUCUGUGGCCACAAACAAGAGAGCUGUUUCUUUGCUUCAACUUGCAGUGCAGAAAACUAUUUCUGUCACAAAAUAUGUGAUUUAUGUCUAAUACUUGCAUCUUUUCACCUGUCUUGGUCUUAAUGGCUUUUUUUUCCACCUUGCUUGUCUCUCUUGCUGCCUUGCUCCUUCACUCCAAGGUGAUACCAAAAGACUAGGAUGGCUCAGUACCCCUUAGAGAGAUACCAUGUCUUCUCAGACAUCAGAGCACUGAGAGAAGGAGGAUUGUUACUGAGGACAUGAGCAUCUUAAUGAAAACAGAAGUAUGUUGAUAAAUUGCCUUUGGUUCCAUCAACAGUGUAGCAUGGAAAAAUUCAUGCCUCUGACUCAGAGUUUCUAGGUGCCUGGCCUCAGCUGGGUGACUGUUAAAGCCCAAGACCAGCAUGGAUAGUUAUAUCACCAUGUUUAUCACUGCAAAGGAAAUUUGAGAACAACCAGUGCUGUAGAAGUUGGGAGACAGCAGAAAUUUUUAACUGCUCUGUCAGUUUGUGUGUGUUUUAUUUUUUUAUUAUUACAGAGUGGCACCUGUCUGAUUGUGGCUGCAGACAGAAUAGGCCACAUACACAGUGGCAUGAAAGAUCAUUACCUGAGGACAUCAUUCUUCUUUGUAAGGAUUUUUAUCAAAUUGAUAUCACCUCUCUAGUCUAACAACAAGCAGUCAAGUUAGCUUAUGUAAAGACUUGACAGCUUAUAAAGGUUCUGGGCUGAUUUCAUUCUGGGCAAACUCCACUGGAUUCUCCAUAUUUCACCAAGGAUUAUUCCAGCUCUCCCUGUCUGUUCUAACCAGUCAGCCUGGUGACAGGUUUUCCUCAUGAGAAGAUAAAAGAAGAUUAAUGUGCUUGAUCCAGGUAGAAACAUUUCUGGUAUAAAUACUGUGGGGACUGAGCAAGAAAUACGUCCAGCUUUGCCCUGAGUUUGUUUUUCCUACCUAUACAUUGGCAAUUGCUUCCAUAGCUGUAUUUUUAUUUCUCAGUACAGACCCCCCUCACUAUAUUGAAUUCCUGAGGCAUCAGGUCAAUAAGAAUUGCAGACAUAGUGUAUUUUUCCACUUGCUUGGUGAUGCCCAGAGCAGUGUGUGGAUGCCAAUGAGAAGCCUCCCCUAAGGAGAUCUCCAGGCUGCAGCCAUCCUCCCUGCUGACAGUCCCAGGAAUGGGCCUGGCUGGGACAUCCCAGUGCCUUCCCAGGAGAGUGCAGCAGGGGAGUGAGGUGGGAACUCUGGAGGAGAGGUGAGAUCUGUGUUUGUUCCUCUUUGUGGUGAGAACUCUGGAGGAGAGGUGAGAUCUGUGUUUGUUCCUCUUUGUGGUGAAGGAGCUGUUCUUGCUCUGAACUUUCCCCAGGCAACCUCGUGGUUAAGGAUGCAUAAACAAUAUGCACUUGCCUUGCUUGCAUAAUCCCUGAGGGAUUAAAUUAUUGCCUCCAUAGAAACAACUUCUCUCUACUCUUCCUGCCCAGAGCAACAGAGGAAUCCAGAGUUUUUACGUUCAGGCAUGUUCCUUAAUUCGUGCCAUAUCUGUCAAUAUUAGCCAUCUGCUCUGAGUGAUGAUGCCUGCACAGACCCAUCUUCAUUUCUUUUGCUUUUAUGAUCUUUGUGGCAAUGCCUUCAGAUCCUUUUUGUGUGCAUGCACAUUUAUCAAAGGGUUGAGAGCCAGUAUAUUCCUGUCUGUUGCUUAUCAGAGGCAGGGAGGGAGUUCUACCUUCUUUUAAGAGCUAGAAAAUGGGAUCCACAUUUAACCUGAGUGCCUUUGAAUAUUUGUUAAGGUAUAGAUCUAACAAAAGGGCCAUAGCUCUGUGUGUCUCACUGGGAAUAAUGCAGAUUUCUGUUGCAGAGAUUUUGUGAAUAGAUGGAGGCAAUUUGUGUUGAACAGUGAGAGCCAUCUGCAGAGUAGGGAGCUGAACUCCUGGGUACAUUAUUCCGAGUUCCUCUUCCGGCAUCUGAUAAUUCUUUUGUGGGAGAGAAACUCAGGAAAGACAAUUAAUAAAAUCUGCUGCUUUGCCAAAAAAGAGACUGUCCAGCAGUCUCAGGUAAACACCAGCUUGAGAGAAGCUAGGACUGCACAUAUCACACAGUGUUUAGUCUCUUAAAAAAUGCAACUCCUGGGAGAGCCGCGCGGCACCUUCUGUUCCUCAUCCCUCCCCUUGGCAGUGGCUGCAAUGGGCAUAGGGUUCCUUCAAUCUGUUCUCUCACGCUCUGGCACGGUCCUGGAUAUUUGAUGGCAGAUUCUGGGGAAUGCCAUUGGGGUUAGGUGGGGUUGCAUGCACUGGGGACUCCAGGGACGCUUGGCCCGUGAAGCAGCUGCCAGUGGUGCCCUGCUCUGGGCUCCCUCCGCGAGGGCUGAUCCAGCCUGUCUGUUUUGGCUCGGGGGAUCUUCGUGCCCCCUCCUCUGCAGCAGAGGGAGCUGUACAGAGGUGCUGCCUGGCUGGGCUGCACAGGAGCCUGGGGGCUUCCAGCUCUGCCAAGGCCUUCAGUGCCAGUCCUGGGAAUGUUUCUGCACCCAAAUCGAAUGGAGCUUCGUUCAUUGUUUUAGUGUUAUUUAAAAAUGUGCAUACUAGCCACCUGAUUUAUAAAGACUGUUUACAAGAAAUAUUUUGUAUCUUAAGAUGUGUGUACUGUAAAAAGAAAAAAAAAAAAGGAAAGGAUGAAAAAUGAUGCUUUUCUACAGCUGUUAGCAGUGACUGCGUGUCCAUAUCAUUGUCCACCGACUGUUGUUCCUCAGGGGUCUCCCCGCCAUUCCUGUGAUCCUGUCAAAAGCAUAGGGAAGCAAGUGAAUCCCUGUACAGGCUUGGGAAGAAGGUUUUGUGCCUUAAGAAUGGGACCUGCUUCCCUCCUAUUUAUUAUGUUAAUUUAUACAGUGACUACCAUGGCAAUGUCUCUUGUAUUUUUUUUUUGUACAUAGUUUACUGUUGAUUGUUGUAAAUAAGUUUUUCUUGUAUAUAAAGUAAACAUGUUUCUGAGCUUCCAGUAAGGAUUCUCUGUUACUGAUUUUGUUGUGAGAGGGCUGCUGUGCCCGUCUGGUGGGAACCAGCUAAUAAAAAACUGUGCUGUGAU